AUGACCGACCGGGGAUCAGGUAGCCGCCGCGCAGGCAGCGCCCGAGCGCGCAACUCGUCCCGCUCCGCGACCUCGUCGGCACGCUCCUCGGCCGCAUUUGAGCGUGAUCAGGACCAGCACCUGCAGGCGCUCAACCAUCCGUAUCCUAACCGCUAUAACCCCAGCCUGCGCUCCGUUGGGUCGCGCGUGUCCCUCUCGGACCAAUUCGCCACGACCAGGAGGGAGUACGAGUUCGGCUUUGACGAUGGCGCAUCUUUCAUCACGACGGACGCCGAGGUGGAAACGGACCAGGACGACACGCUGACGGGCGCCGGGAGCUUCGACGGCGUCAUUGUCACUCCUCCCGCGUCGUACCGCGGUGCCGGCAGUGCGCCACGGCAGCCUGGGCCGGAGAGAGUGCGUCGCUCGCACUACGAACUGUUGUCACUUCCGGAGGGAGACGAGACGACCGAGAGAGAUAUCCGUCGGGCUUACUUCCGGCUCUGUGAUAUCCUUCGCUCAGAAAGCGUCCCUGCCCAACACCAAGAUCUAGCUGAGCGAUAUCUUGGCCAUGUUCAAGCUGCGUUCGAAACUCUGUGUAGCAAGCACAGCAGGGACGAUUACGAUGCAUCGUUGCAAGACGACGAGCUUGAGGAGAGCACACUGUUGUCUGGGGAUGAGGGUGAGGACGAUGUGAAUGGCGACAUGAAUGGCGACAUGCGACAAGCCAGACGAACAAAUCCUCGACUGGUGCAGGAACUGCGACGACAGCAAGAGCGAGAAUCAACGGAAGUGAGACUGCACCUGGAUGCGCAGUCCAUAAUCACUCCGAGCCACCGUCAACUUGCCCAACAACGCGGCUCACCGACAACUUUGUCCCUCACCCAGACUUCCGUCACUUCUCUUCCUGCCAUCAGCCAAUUCUUGCAACCCAGACUGAGACAGGUCCGAACGGCUCUGGGCGGCGCGACACCUCCAGCCUCGGUGAACUACAACCAAAACGAGCUCUAUUGCACCACACCUACCGUCACCGUCACAUCUUCAAUCUUCGCGACGGAUGUGAGGGACUCCUAUCUUCCUCCUACCAUCGUCUCAGGCCGCCAACAGAGUCCCAGCGCCGACACGUUCCCAAAGGACCGACAGCUGCAAUGGUACUCGUUCUACUUCGCACCAGCCCUCAAUUUCAAGCUCCGACAGGAGCUCUUCAUCAGAGAUGCCGGGUUGUCGGAGGCCGCGCUGAGGCGCACACUCCCAGACGCCGUACUGGAGAUUGAGACCGACGCCGUCAACGCGGCGUCCCUAACCGCGAGGGCCUCACACGUGCUGCGCCUCGACGGCGACGAAGGGGACGGCGACCAGCCCGCCGAGCCGCUGCACACCGAGGCGAGCGUCUCGGUCAGCCGCGCGUGGCCGGCGGCCAGGUACAGGCCGAGGUUUGGGCUCGGCCUGCACAGGCGUGUCGGGGGCCAGAAGGGCGGGACGGUGUUUGCCUGUGCGGACAGCGGGACGCCGUCCCUCUGGGACAGCCUGUCGCCGUCUUCUUUCCUGAACCAGUCCGUCAGGAAACGGCUCGACGGGGACUCGACGGGGGCUUCCUGGCGCAGCUACAUGGACCAGCUCUCGCAGCUGCCGAGUUACUUCAGCCCGCCCACGCUUGAAGUGGGAUACAAGUUCGGUACGUUCUCUGAAGAUACUUUGGGACUGCGUUCCGGCCGUGCUUUCACGAAGCCAGCCGGUAGUGGCCUGCGACGACUCCACGACAGUGUCGGCCUGAGUGGACCAGGCAAGGGGGGAUCAUGGACGAUCUCUGGCGCAUUAACCACUGGCGGAGUGGCUGGAUAUCUGAGGUUCGGGAGAAACCUUCUGUCGUCGCCUGCUGAGCCGGAGCACAACCUGAUCCCGAGUCGGUUGAGAGGCUUACGCUUUGAAGCUGAGUUAUCCACGUACAAGUCCAGGCCGAACAAUCUGCUUGGCAGGGUGCACUCGCUGGGCAGGUCAGAAAUCAGCCAGCUUGCCGUGCGCGGGCUCAAGAAGUUCGGGAAGUCGUCGAAAUUAGGCCUUGAGGUGUCUGUGAACAACAACAGCAGCUGCGUGGUUCUGUCACUGUACUAUUCAACGAGGAACAGCAGGAGCCUCACCGUCCCCUUGGUGCUUCUCCGGGACCAGCCUUCCCCUCACCAGUUCCUCACAAAGGUCCUUCUAUUCGCUGGCUUCCUACCAGCCCUGGCCCUCGCGGCCCUCGACCACUCCCGGGUUCUCCUCUCCCGAGCGGACGCUACGUCCCAAGAGGAGAAGGUUAGGCGCUCACAAGACAUUCAGAAAUAUAUCGCCGCCCGCCGCGCCGAAGCAGACGACCUCGUCACCGUCCUCGCUGAGCCCAUUACUCAGAGGCAGCGGACCCAGCGCGAGCGCGGCGGCCUCGUGAUCCUGAGCGCCAAGUACGGCGUCCUCCUCGACGGCCAAUCCGCCCCGGGGAAGCCCUCCCAACCGCCGCCUGCUGCCGCUGUCGCUGCCGCUGCUUCCAUGGACCUGGGCCCUAGCUGGGCGUCUCCGGAGGAUGUUGCUGACGUGACCGUGGCGCUGGCGGCGCUGGUGGACGACGACGGGACCCUGCGCGUCCCCGAGGGCCUGAGGAAGAGCAGGCUGCUCGGGUUCUGGGACCCCAGGCCCAGGCGGACCAAGUGCCUGUUUGUGAGGUACAUGUUCCGCGGCCAGGAGAGGGUGAAGGAGGUCAUGGGGAGGGACGAGCUGGCGCUGCCGUGA